GUUCGGGCCACACGCUCUUCCGGACUUACGACGUCGGUGAUGUUGUAGCAGGCACAUAUUGUUCGUCGUUUCUGGUAUGUUUUAUAAGAUGGCCUGUCAGCGGCCAGGCUGGUCCUUAAUAAGGAAUGUAACUCUAUCGUUGUUAUUGAGACACAAUAACCCGCGGCAGGGAAUUGGACGACAGAUGGACGGGCUGAGAAAUCUGCGCGUAGGUCGCCAACUGAAUCGAGCAGCCUGCACAACUCAUUCUUGCUCCAAGGUGCCUCCGACUCCAACUUGGGAACCAGUGGGGGAAACUCCGCUUUCUCUGGCAUAUAGCGUCUCACCUGACCUGAUGGAUCGAAUGGAGCGCUUGGCACUUGUAGACUUCAGGAACCACGAGGGGGUAGCCCGCCUCCAGUGUGCCAUCACAUUCGCUGAUCAGCUGCAUAUAGUUGACACAGAGGGGGUAGAGCCCAUGGACUCUGUGCUUGAAGACAUGCAAUUGUACCUGCGGCCAGACACAGCCAUCGAAGGGGACUGUGCUGAAGUGCUGCUUCGUUUACCCACAAAGACUGUUGAGGAGUUUUACGUUGCCCCACCAGGUAACAUUCCUUUACCACAACGUGAGGAGAGAUGUGGAUUAAAAAAAAAAGACUAGUGAGGAACUGGAUUACUCAGUUCUCCAAGACUAGCACCAGAGAAAUAUCACCAAGAAGCUUCACAAGGGAGAAAAUUGGACAAAAGCAAAGAAGCAACCACCCAGACUUUACAGGAAAAGUGCUAAAUAAAGUUUGUUGCUGCCAAUUAAAAAGGUCAAGUGAUAAAAUGCUGGAAGUACCAAAACAUUUUACAUGUGUUGCAGUGUACAGGCUUACAACCUGCAGAAACCACCAAACUAGUAAGGGUUGACCAUUUAAAAAGCAGCUGACCUAUAGCUUACCACCAGUGUUUCUCCUGAAUAUUACCUACCUCCUCACACGCUGCACAUGUCUUACUGCCUUUAAACCAGUAAUGUCAUCACAAAGCUUACAUUUCACUGUUGAAAUGAUUUCAUAUUCUAACCUUCAUAUUCCUCUUCAAUCACAGUAUGGACUUGUGCGUAUGGGUUACUUAAAAUAAUCUGCCUCCUGUCUUUUGAUGAAAAUAUGCUUUAAGACCAUAUGCUUCCAAUAACUGGGUAACAAUAAUUCCAAGUCAAAUGCAACAUUACAUUCUCUCAAUUUGACCAUUUUAUCAGUCACUUCCCCUGUUCAGUACUGAAGAGCUUAACUGAAAGGUAAAACCAAACAUUAGAAAUGUGCAAUAUGCCGGUUGGUGGGAAGGGGGAAAAUACUGUUACUAAUUUGUGUACAAAGCCUUUCUAUCUCUUCCCAUAAUAUCGCUAAACAAACUUACUUUUUAGGCACUGCAUUGAAGACAAAGCUAAAUUGUGGACAAAUGUGUUUAUUUAAUCAAAAAUUCAAAUGCCACCGACACAGGCACACGCAUUCUAAUGUUCUAAACAUUUUAGUACAAAUAAACAGCUUUGAAGAAAAAUAUUAAAAAUGAUUUCUUUAUUUAAAAAAAAAAA